AUGUCUGGAGAACCUCGUGUGGACAAAACUGGCACUCAAGCCGGGGAGACGCCGAUGUCUCUCGACUCAUCUACUUCCAGUAGAAUGGCCGCUUACUCUAGAGGACUAAAAACAGACGUCUUCUAUCAUCUCGGCUUGGACACAGACAUGGAUCUACAUGCUACCUUCGGUAAUGUUAAAUUCUUUGUACUCAUGGGGUCAGCCCAGAGAGCCGAGUACUUCGCCGAAGCUAUGGGGAAUGCAUUAGUCUCUAAAGGAAUGCCCAAACCUGUAGUUGAACGUCUAGGUAAGACAGAGCGCUACAGCAUGUAUAAGGUUGGACCUGUUGUCUCCGUCUCCCACGGGAUGGGUGGUCCCUCAAUCCACAUCCUCCUCAAUGAACUUGCUAAGCUUUGUGACCGCGCGGGUAUCGUAGACUCCGUGAAGUGGAUCCGUAUGGGUACUUCUGGUGGAUGCGGAGUACCUCCUGGCACUGUGGUGGUAACAACCCAAGCCAUGAAUGAUGAGUGGAACCAUACUGGAGUGUGUCCAGCUUGGCAAAGUCGUCAAGAUCCCCACCGAUGUGUGGAUAUGAAGUUCGUGGACGCUAUAUUGGAAUCUGUGCCCGACACAUCAUGCUGUUAA